AAGCUUUGUAUCUAAAUUCUAAAGCUCAUAUCACGAAUCAACUGACUUCCAUCCUUUUCUCCUCCUUCGAUGCUUUACUGUUAAAAAUUUAUUAUAUUUUAUCAACUGUAAUGAAAAUAUAUGCGUACCGAAUACUAAUGACACCAUGACAUGGGUAUCAAAAUAUUAUAACAAGGAUAUAUUAAUAGUUCUAAUGAUAAUUAGAAGAAGGAAAUUCUUAAUUUCAACUGAACAAGGAAACAUAACAUGUUGGACAUUUGUGCACAGAAAGUGGUGGGAAAUGUGUGUGGAAAUCAAAAUGGUACAUUGAAAUGCUGUCCAGAUUAUUAUUUGCUGAAUGGGAGUUGUAAAGAAUGCUUUGGGGCGUUCGGAGAAGACUGUUCAACACCAUGUGGACUAAAUACUUAUGGAUAUCGCUGUAGAGCGACUUGUAACUGUUCUGAAAAUCAAGUUUGUGACAGAUACACGGGAUGUAUGGAUAGAGAAUGUGUAGAAUUCUUUGGAAAGGAUUACAGAAUGGAGUAUUCAGCUGAAUAUUAUGAAAAAUCAUGUAAAGAGAGAUGUAACAGUAAUGAAACUGAAACCCACAAUCAAUUAGUCAGAUGUAUGGAGGAUGGAAAUAGAUCUACAUUACCCAAUGUGACUGUAAACAAACAAGAAUGCAGAAGUAUUAAGCAGUUGCUUGCGGGAAUGAUCAUACUGCACAUCUUUAGUUUCACUCUGUGUUUUACACUAUACCGGUUUAGAAGCAGACGACAAGGAAUGUAUGACGUACAGAAAGUCAUGGAUACGUCAACAGAUCGACAGAGAAGAUCACAAAAAAUACAGAUGAUUCACUUCAAGAGUUUGACUGAAAAAUGUGAAAAUGUCAAGAAAAUCAUGUGUAAGAAAGAAUUUGAAAAACAUUUGACACAUAAAUACAGUCGAAUCAUAUUCCCUAAAUUUACGUCAGUGGAUAUCCCAGCAGACCAGUACAGUGCGGUCAUCAUACGUAAGCCACACGUACUGGAGGAUGGAGAAAGUGAAAGCAGCACAGACACUUCUGAUGGAGGAGAUAAUGCAAGAACGUUUGAGACACCCCUCCACUGACCAACGUAGUGCAGGAAACUCCAGACCAUAUAGUCUAGCUAGAAGCGAGUGGAAUUGUUGAAUACCGAUUCUUUAUUUUCGAUAAGUAUCAAUAGUUUCAAUCAUAAUAAGUGAAUGGGGUAUCUCAAACGUCAAACUUUCAGGAAUGAAAUAUCCGUGUUUGCUCAACUAUCUAUUUUGUAUUGCUUACAGGAGUUAUGAGAUUCAUCACUAUUCGUUAUCUUCAUCUUUCAUACUGCAUAAAGAUAUGGAUCUUUAUUGAUAUUUUUUUAAUCGGAAGUAUAGGUUAAGAUCAUUGAAUGAAUUCUAUUUUUGUUGACUAGUUAUAUGUAUGUAUGUUUGAUUCCAAAUGUAUUUAUAAUGAUGCUAUCGUUCAACGAUUUUUUUUAUAUAAUUUCAAAAGUUUUUUAAUAUGAAUACUAAAACUCCAAGUUUCCUUGUACUAGCACCUGUUGGAAUUUAUAUUUUGACAUAUCAUGCUGUGAAAAUCUUACCACGUUUUGUUACUUGACUUAAUUUUAUUUCUAGCGAGAGAAAAAUACAAACAUGAUUUAUUGUUAUGUAUCAAAUUCUCUUGGAACUUCUUCAAAUAUGUCUAGGUCUAGUUGGGGCCACAUGUAGGAGCUCUUCUGCAAUAGCCCCUUCUCUUUUAAAUUAUCAGGGACAAUACAGCUUGGGCAAUUAUAUGUUAUCUAUAGAAAUAUACAUAAUGCAUUUCAUUGAAAUAUAGAAAAGGUCCAUGGGCCAUAAUGCUAACCUGUGUCAACCUGGGCUUGCUGUUUUUGAACUUCUUUUUUCCAAGAAAAAUUUGAACCCAUAUUCUAACCCCACCUAAGCCAAAUGGGGUUUGGAAUACUGAUUACUCCAUUUAAACUCAUGGGCGGGUGUAACCGGUCAAUAGAGGCACCUCAUCCUAUUUCUGGUGUGUAUAGGGGCGAUAGUAUUUGUCCUACUUUAGUUUUGUAUUAUUUAUAGGAUUUGUCUUCACUUUUUCGCAUUACUAAGUAAUUGAGUAAUAUCUUUGAAAUAAAUAAACCUUAAUCAUA